AUUAACGAAACGUGAGUUAGAAAAUAGAAAUCAAGUGACAAGAUUCAUUAAUUCCGCUUGGUUUUGGUCCGUACUCUUUUGGUGUUACACCAUCAUGUCCAUGCAGCGGUGAAUGUGUGACCGCUGAGUUAAAACAGUCAAUCAUGCCUUUAAGUAAUCCCAUGUAGCACCUCAUUGAUACAGCUUGGAUGGGAGUGUGAGAAUCAUCAUGGCUCGAGUUGUUAAAGUGUUUCGGACUUUGAGGAACCACUGGAAGAAAUCCACGUUAGCUGUGUGUGUCCUGUCCUACGGAGGGUACUGGCUGUAUGGUAAACACUGUGACAGCGUGGUGCGCAGAGAGGCCUGCCAACUGGCCAGAGAGUUUGGACGCCAACAGAUCGCACCUCAGGAGAGACUGAAGAAAGCAACCGUGAUUCUGAAUCCUGCAGCUUCCAACGGGAAAGCCAACAACUUAUUUGAAAAGAAUGCAGCUCCUAUUUUACACCUGGCUGGCGUGGAAAUCACAGUAGUGAAGACAGACUAUGAAGGUCAGGCUAAGAAGCUGAUGGAGUUGAUGGAGCAGACAGACAUGUUGAUUGUGGCUGGAGGUGACGGCACGUUGCAGGAGGUCAUCACAGGUUUACUGCGGAGGCCGGACCAAGAGGCCUUCAGUAGCACACCGAUAGGAUUCAUUCCUCUGGGUUCCCAUAAUUCCCUGAGUCCAUCUCUUCAUUUCCUCAGUGACAACAAAGUCAAGGACAUCACGGCCGCCACGCUGUCCAUCCUGAAAGGAGAGACGGUCCCUGUGGACGUGCUUCAAAUCAAAGGGGAGAAGGAACAGCCGGUGUUUGCUCUGAUUGGUUUGCGUUGGGGCGCCUUCAGAGACGUCGCCACAAAGAUCAGCAAAUACUGGUACCUCGGACCCCUGAAGACGAACGCGGCUCAUUGGUUCCACACCCUGAAGGAGUGGCCUCUGGUCCACGACGUCUCCGUGUCCCUUUUGGCUCCCACACCUCGGCCUCCUGAUCUGGACCCUCAGAGGCCCCCCAGGCCUAAUCUGCUGCGCCGCAUCAUCCGCAGACUGAAAAACUACUGGAGCCCCCCGGCUGAAGAACCUCUGAAACCAGAAGAACCAGAGAAGUGGGAGGAGCAGCAGCUGUCGACACCAGAGCUCUACAUCCAGACCCUCAACAAGAACCCAGCGGAGCGGCGGAUAAAUGACUCUCUGAUGAUUUGCGCUGAGCCAGCAAACAAAACUGUGGGCGAGUUCAUCUCUGUCGGGAAUAAAAAAGUGAAGGAGCCGACACUUUUCACUGAAAACUCGACCAAGCUGGAGGCCAGUGUUUGCCGGCUGACGCUGCCGGAGGGCGCCGCCGGCUUCUAUAACAUCGACAACGAGGAGUACGAGGCGAUGCCUGUAGAGGUUCGGCUGUUGCCUAGGAAACUACGUUUCUUCAAGCGAAGAGAGGAGCUCGUCUCACAGCCGCAGUGACGAUAAACAAACCCAGAAGAAAGACUAAAAAAGGACAGAAUAUCAAACAGCUCCUUAUUUCAGAGGUUUCCUUCACUAACUGUAACCAUGGCAACAUGAAAAUCUGUUGCAUCUAAAAGGACCAAGGCUUUUCAGUGUUUGUACCCCAGAUUCACGUCUUACAGAAUAGUUUACAACUGUUAUUCUACGGUAAUAAAAAAUCUCCCUGUCCA